GUCAAGCUAUUCCUAUUCCGGCACUCUUGACGCCACCGAGUUGCGGUUCGGGCUUCAGCUCGAACUUCUCGUGCCGAACUCUCCGCCGACCAUGCGACGUUGGGGCCGGCGGACAGCGCGAGCAGAGGACGGCGCGGCGGUUACCGGAGAGGCGGCGGUCCGAAGAGCCCGGUGAAUCCCGCGUUAGCUACGAACAACUUCGGCUCGAGCGCCAGCCGUUGGCCGCCAGCGGGGGGAGAAAGAAAGAAACCCGUGUUGGUUAUUUUGGGACCGACUCGGACCACGAUGCUCCAGCUUCGCCUGCGCCGAGUCCUCGGACCGCUGGGACGCGGGUUCCCGCCCGGUCUGUGGCGGGCGGCGGUGACGCGGCCGCCGGUAGCGGGGCGACACGCGCCGAGCCGCCGGCUGGGAACUCACGUGAGGAACGAGCCGAGGGAGCCGAUCAACUCCCCGAAGAGAGCCAGGGACUUCAUCUACCGGCUCCAGCCCACGGAGCGCACCUGCCUCCUGCACGAACUGCAGGGGUUCGAGUCCAUGGCCAUCGCCCAAGAGAACCUGGAGCCGUCGCCGCCGACAGCAGAGCAGAUCCGAUACGUCUUGUUCCACAACGCCAUCCCCUUUGUGGGAUUCGGUUUCCUGGACAACGCCAUCAUGAUCGCAGCGGGCACACAGAUCGAACUCUCCAUCGGCGUCACCCUGGGGAUCUCCACCAUGGCCGCGGCGGCGUUUGGGAACCUGGUGUCCGACCUGGCCGGUCUUGGUCUUGCAGGCUACGUGGAGGCUCUGGCCUCGAAGCUGGGGAUGCAGGGUCCAGACCUGACCCCCAAACAGGUGGACAUGUGGCAGACCCGAGUCAGCUCCCACAUGGGCAAAGCCAUCGGCGUCUCCAUCGGCUGCAUCCUGGGCAUGUUCCCUCUGUUUUUCCUGGAUGACGAGAAGGAGAAGGAGAAGAAGGAGAAGGAGAAGAAGGAGAAAGAAGCACCGCCCUGCUCCACCUCGGCCUCCUCCUAACGGGUCACCUGACUUUGGGUCCUGGUGUGUUUGUGCAGUGUGUCGCUCCCCUUGGAUUCUGAUGGGGGGGGAUCAGCGACUCUUUUGUAUUGAUCCGAUUCUUUUUGUGUUCAUGGUGGAGAUGAGGAAGGUGGAGAUGAGGAAGGUGGAGGUGAGGAAGGAGGCGGAGCAGCUGAGUGCAACACUACGUCUUCCAGCUGUUUUUAUCCGGGAGGUUUUCUGCUUUUUGCAUUUACGACGCACAAUAAUCAAUACUAAUUUACUUGGGAGGGGGCGGAGCUUCAGGUUAGUUUGAGCUCGACGGCUCGGAACCUAAAACCCUGAAUGACCUGCUCAUGUUCUGCUUCCUGCUGAGGCUGAAAGCAGGCUUGUGAUUGGCCGAGAGGACGCAGGUAUCCUUUCUGCAUCCAGGUGUCCAUCGAGUGGGACACGGUGGACGUCUGCAGACUUCCUCUCAGAGACGCUGUCCAACGCCUCAAGUAAUUCUGCCUUAAAGCUGUUUCUCUCUACUUCUAAAAUAGUAAAUCUUCAGCUUCACAGCAGCAACUUCUUUAUCCAACAUGUAUGCACUAUUUAAAAAAUACCCACAAUGCAAAGCACAGUGUCCCACAAAGCAGCGCGUCACCUCCGAUUGGUCAAUGAAGCACACGUAUUAAAUCAUGUCGUCUGAUACAUGUAUAAUGAUAAAUGUACUUAAUAAUGUUCUCAAAAGGAAAGGGGGAUUUAUUUUUUGUACAAACUAAAGUCAUGUUCUAAGAGACAAUGAUGCAAAGUAAACCGUAUUCAUCUCAGUUUAUUUGGAUGUUAAGUAGAGAAUUCCAACACGUAAUGUUGUGAUAGUGAUUUGUUGUAAUUGUUUUGCUGUUAUUUAACAGAUUGUGAUAAUUAGAGAAAGUUAAGAUAUUUAAGUUAAAUUAUCCUUAAAGCACUCAAAGGGGGUUUAUUGUGGAGGAAGAAUGAGAAUAAGAAGCAACUACUUGAUAAUAAAUGAUGUUUCACCUUUA